AUGAAGGGCUUUGCUGUGCGAGGAAGAGCGCCAUCUGGUGGGGGAUUUGGACAGCCGGCAGUUGACACAAACGCUACUGCUGCUGCCCCCGUGCUAGGUUUCGGAUCCUUUGGACAGAGUAACACCGAGUCCGUAGCAGGAGUAACAAACCCUUUCGGCCAAACCGCGAACCAGUCCGGAGGCUCAGCUCCGGCAGCAGGGAUGGGCGGUUUCGGGAGUGGUCCCUCCACAGGAGGAUUUGCCGUCGGAGCGCAAUCAACAAGCAGUGCCACACAGCCGGCACCUGUACUUGGGCAAACCGUCCUCGGUUUUGGAGCGACUCCGGGUAAGGGCGAAGGUGGCAACUCUGUUGUGCCAACAGGGGUCGGCGCUGCAGCGGCGCCUAGCACGUCCGCUGCUCCCACCUCAGGGUUCAGUGGCUUCGGCAGUGGUGCAAAGACAACCCUUAAUCCUUUUGGUGCCGGAUUCGGCCAAACUUCAACUACAGGGACUACCGCAACUGCACCUAGCACAGGUGGGUUUGGCGCCGCAACCAGUGCGGUUGGACAAACACCGGCAAGUGGGGCGACCCCGGCAAACACCACCUUUGACGGGAGUGCAUCCAAUCCUGGAAACACCGGAACAAAUCCAACAGCGGGCACCGCUACUGCGGUUCCAGCGGCAACGACCAUGGUUACAAACCCCCCCUCAGGUGACACAGUCAAAGCCGGUGCACCAGCUGCAUUUGGCGGUUUCGGUGCUACACCACCAGCUUCUGGAAGCAACCCGAGUGCAGCGCCUACGCCUUUCGCUGGGUUUGGGGCCGGCGCUACCGCACCAACUAACCCUGCCUCAACUAAUGCUACUGCUGGUGCGGCCACCACUGGAGGCGGUCCCUUUAGCUCCAUCACAAAACCAUCUGAAACGGGUGGCAACGCCCCGCCAGCAACGGCCGGCGCGGGAGGAGCAGGGUUGGGUCCCUCCCUAGGCGCUGGUGUCACUGGAGGAAAUCAAAGCGCUGGAGCUACUGGAACAGUAGGAGCGGGCGACCCCACUGCAAUUUCAGGUAAGCAAGCUUCGUUAGAGCUCAGGGGGAAGAUGCUUUCAACCAUACUGGCGCAGUUUGAUAAAGCUUUCUCUAAAGAUUACCGUGACUUUUCGGAAUUGUCACAGCUCAUGAUGCUCCGUGACCGGCAGAUAAUCGAGCGUGGGAAUGAGAUUCUUUCACACUCGUCCCACCUUGAAGAGGCUAUUGCCAAUGCCGACGUCACACGACAAACACUCAUAGAGCUCAAGAACAAACAGGCUGCAAUCGGAACAAUGUUGCAGCGCUUUGAAGAUGCCGUUCAGCCUAUCUUCGCGCAGGUACGACCAACAUUCAACAGUGUGGACGAGGCACGUGAGGAAACUUACACGGCUGUAAUUAACCUUUUUGAUGAAGUAGAAACUUUAAAACUUCGACUGCAGCAAUGUGUCAGGCAACACAAUGGUUCUGUACGGCACCUUCGCCAGUCGGAUGAUCUGGCCAAGUUUGUCGGCCUCAUCGACUGUCAGUUGAGUGCGAUGGAAGUGUGCGCAGCUCAGGCAUCCGAGUUGGAGCGAGAGGUUGAUUUGUUGCUAGGGAAGUCAACGAUCGCUUAG